GCACACUCCUUAACCAACUAGAACAACACACCAUCAGUGAGAAAGACAACGAAUUGCCAACAUGGUCCGCAAGCUCAAGCACGCGGAACAGAAGCUUCUUCGGAAGACCGACUUCAUCAACUACAAGUCGGACAACAAGCACAGAGAUCACGAUGUCGCCAGACGAUACAUGAUUCAGAAGCCCGAGGACUAUCACAAGUACAACAGGAUGUGCGGUUCCCUCCGCCAACUCGCCCAUCGUCUCAGUUUGCUUCCCCCAGACAACGAGGUGAGGCGAAAGCACGAGGAGCUUUUGCUCGACAAGCUUUACGACAUGGGAAUUCUUUCGUCCAAGUCGAAGCUGUCACAGGUGGAGCACCAAGUCACAGUCUCGGCCUUUGCCAGGAGGCGACUGCCCGUCGUCAUGACCAGACUUCGUAUGGCCGAGACCGUGCAAGCAGCGACCAAGAUGAUUGAGCAGGGUCAUGUCCGUGUGGGUGUUGAAGAGGUCCGUGAUCCUGCUUUCCUGGUGACGAGGAGUAUGGAGGACUUCGUUACUUGGUCUGUCGGCAGCAAGAUCAAGCAGAACAUUAUGAAGUACCGCGACAAGUUGGACGAUUUCGAGCUUCUUUGAGUGGCGGAAGAGCAUGGCUGCGGGCAUAUCAGGAAGUGGUAAUGGUACGUUGGGAGCUAGGCUGGAAAAUGGAUCACUGGGAAAGGACAUAUUACUGCGUUGUUUGCAAGUUGGCAUUGGGUGGAGUGCUCAUAUGCGAGCAAUAUUCUGUGGCGUUUUAGGGUAAAGGCAUUCAAAAUAUGUGAAAGGGAUUUAAGAUACC